AUGUUAAGUCGUCGUGCAAGCAGUUGCUUGCGGCGGUGCAGCACAAAAGCGAAGAGUUCGUUCGACAUAGAUGUUGUAACAAAGGACCGCGAUACUCGAGUGGAAUGGGCCGCCGCGAACUACAGGAAUUCUGGGAAGGAAUUAUGUAUGGUACUUCCUCCCCCAAACGUAACGGGAAAGCUGCAUCUCGGCCACGCUUUGACCGUCACUAUCGAGGAUACCUUGUGCAGACAUCAUAGAAUCAAAGGAGGCGUAGCCAGAUGGAUUCCGGGCUUCGACCAUGCAGGAAUUGCAACGCAAGUCGUGGUUGAACGAGAACUUUGGAAGAAGAAAAGAUUAAGACGUGAUCAGUUGAGUAGGCAGGAUUUUGUCGAAGAGUGUCGACAAUGGAGUGAGAUGAACUCCGCCGCGAUUCGUAAGCAGCUGAAUAUCCUUGGAGCAACUUUGGAUUGGAAAAGCGCUUAUUACACACUCAACGAUAAGUUUUCGUCAGCUGUCACUGAAGCAUUUGUCAGGCUUCAUGAAGACGGUCUAAUCCAUCGGGACAAGCGAAUAGUGCAUUGGUGCCCUUCUUUACAAAGCUCCAUAUCAGAUCAGGAGGUUUCUCAUAUUGACUUGUCGUCUUCAACAAAGAUUGUGGUUCCGAGCUCUACAGGAGGAAAGCGUGAGGUCGAAGUAGGAGCCAUGUACUGUGUCAAAUAUCCUAUGGAUGACUCAGACAGGUUUAUCCCUGUUGCCACAACUCGUCCAGAGACAAUGUUCGCAGAUGUUGCGAUUGCAGUCCACCCAGAUGAUAGCCGCUUCUCUCAGCUUGUUGGAAAAUUUGUACGUCAUCCCUUGUGCCAAGAACGGAAACUCCCUAUAAUUGCUGAUGAGAGUGUGCAAAUGGACAAAGGGACCGGCGCUUUGAAAGUUACCCCUUCACACGACGCCCUCGAUUGGGAGAUCGCAUCGCGUCAUCAGGAGGAAAUUCUACGUCAUGAUCAGGCUGCUUUAACAAGAAGUUGUAUUGAUAUCCAUGGGAAACUAAACCAAACAGCAAACGAAUUUGCUGGUCUUGAUCGUUUCGAUGCCAGAGCUAAGAUUAUCGAGAAAUUAGAUUCUUGUGGUCUUUUCCAAGGCACUCUGAAGCAUGAUGGCCAGGUGAAGCUUUGCAGUCGAACAGGCGACGUUGUCGAACCUCGCCUCACUGAUCAGUGGUUCAUGAACACUGAAGGACUUUAUGAGGAAGCAGCACAAGCUAUCAAGAUACUUCCAGCAAUUUAUGAACAAAAGUUAUUUGACUGGCUAUCGAACAAAGAUCCGUGGUGUCUAAGCAGGCAGCUUUUGUGGGGACAUCGUAUACCGGCGUAUCGAUCCGAAAGGUAUAAUUGGGACCUCCUAAUGGUAUUUAAGCUCUUCAUUGAUUCCACUGGUGAAUUCGGGAUGGCCAGGCUCGGAAUUCAACCCAUCGUCGCCGCUUCUGGAUGUUAUGGAGACAGGAUGGGACAUUUUAGGAUUCUGGGUCGCCUGAAUGAUUAUUGUGCACAAUGCAACUCUCGAGAUUGUCCAGGAAAGACGAUGAGUAAAUCGCUCGUAACUGCAACUUCGGCCAUAUCGACUCAAUUCCCCGACGGGAUAGUUCGAGCUGCUGCGUCGGAUGCACUUCGUUUCGCAUUGUUACGUCACGAUCUAUUAGCUUCCGACAUCCCAUUGAAAAUAGCUGAUUUAUCGAGCGAGGGACUUCGUUUUUGUAAUAAACUAUGGAAUAUGGUGGCUUACGCCGAGACGGUUAUUGAGAACUCGCACACUAUGAAGGACGUGGAUUCUGAUCAUCCAGCGGACGAAUGGAUUUUGUCUCGGUUAGCAGGCGCUUUGGAGCAGGUGGAUAAACACAUGUCGCAAUACAUGCCGCAUCUUGCCUUUAUGGAGUUGCAAAACUUUAUUCUGGGGUCACUAUGUGAUGUUUACCUGGACUCGUAUCGUUCCGACUUUGUUUCCCGACUGCAGCGACUUUUGAAGAAGUCUGAAGAAAGAAGUGACCAAUUUCAGAAGAAGGCGGAGAAAUACGAAGCCAUUGUGCUCCGGGAUAGGCACGAGGGAAAGGUGAAACCGCACAUCAUUGACAAAAAUGAGAGGAAAGCUCGUCAGGCACGUGGAGUUGCCAAUGGCGCACUGGAAGAAGCGGCUAGGAUUCGAGUUUUGCUCGAAGAAAUGUCAACGUAA